AGGCAACUAAACAGGCAAAUAUAUAUAAUCUUUCAUUCCUUUUCUCAAGAAAAUACAUAUAACCUUAAACAUUAGAUGAAAAAUACAAAGAAAAAUCAACAAACAGAUCAACACUCACGGCAAAGUUUAUCCCACCCACGGGACCAGGCUCCCAUCGUCCCCUUCACCACCAUUCCCAGAAAAACUUCUUUGUUCAGAAAAAUUACCUACACAAAAGCAAACACAGCAAAUAAGCCCUCUGUCAACCUCCGAUACAAAAACCGAGCCCCUUUCAACAGAAAAACUUUUCCUUUUCUUCGCCGGCAACACCAGAAAAACAAAAAGAAGACCCCUCCACCGUCAACACCAGAACCACACAACAAAGACCUUCUCCCUCUUUCGGAUUUCUGUCCUCUGCUUCUCUCUUUUUAGUGACAAGAAGAAGAGGAACCGCAGAAGGAGAAAAAUCCGAACCCCCUCAAUUCCCCAAUCUUCUCCUAUUUAUACAAAGAUCAAAGGAAACCCUAAAGGACGCUGGUCUACCAUCAUGCUCAGUUGGCUGCAACGUGGGGUGCAGGAUCCGGUUGCAGAAGAGGGGCGGCGCAGAGAGAUUUGGUUGCAGAAGAGGGGCGGCGCAAAGAGAUUUGGUUGCGGAAGAGGGGCGGCGCAGAGAGGGGGGUGUAGGCUGCUGUAGGCUCGACGGGUGCAGGAGAAGGGAGGCGGAGUUGGCAGGCGUGCGAGGGUGUGAUGAUGGCUAGUUCGGUGAUAGGGGGUAGGGCACGAUGCAGGGCAGGUGCAGGUUAGGGGUGUAGGCAGCAAGCCGGGCUUGGGUGAGGAUGCAGAGCAGGGGCGCUGGGCAGGGGUGCUGGUGCGCAGGGCGCAAGGCGCGGGCUCCGGGCGCUGGGGCGUGGGGCUCAGGGCAGGGCCCUAGGGGAUCUGGUGCGGGAGUAGGGGUGGGUUCUUGGUUGCAGGGAAGGGUUUCUAUU